AUGUCAACUUUUCAUUCAAUUUUUACAUCAACGUCAGAGUCAACAUCACCAGCUAUAAUUAUACCACAAAAUGGCUUGAUAAUUUCCUACUCGGCACUGUUACAUCUUAUUGACACUUUCCAAAAUCAAUUAUUACAACAACAACUUAAAAAACAAGAUGUUGUCUCGAUUGUUUUACCUAAUUCAUUAGAAUUUACUGUUUCAUUUCUUGGCGUUGCCUUGCAAAGUAAUAUCGCAGCACCAUUAAAUCCUGCUUAUUCAGAAGACGAGUUUAAAUUUUAUCUAAAAGAUUCAAAUAGUAAGGUUGUAAUUGUGCCAAAAGGUUGGCUUAAUAAUGAUGGUGGUAAUAAUAAUAAUGCAGCUAUUAAAGCUGCAAAAGCAUUAGCUGAUCAGUCUGAUGUAGCUCUUUUGUUACACACUUCUGGAACUACAGGAAGACCAAAAGGUGUACCACUUACACAUUUAAAUAUUACCACUACAAUGAAAAAUAUCAUAAAAACAUAUAAACUACAAUCAAGUGAUAGUUCAUACUUGGUAAUGCCACUUUUUCAUGUUCAUGGAUUAAUUGGUGGAAUGUUGUCAACAUUGUUGUCUGGAGGAACAGCGGUAAUUCCAUUAAGAUUCUCUGCUUCUCAUUUUUGGAAUGAUUUUUUAAAGUACGGAUGUACUUGGUAUACUGCAGUUCCUACAAUUCAUCAAAUAUUAUUAAAACAUCCACCACCACCUAAUGGUACACCUAAAUUAAAAUUUAUUAGAUCAUGUUCUUCCUCACUAGCUCCAUCAACCCUCCACCAACUAGAAAAGGCUUUUAAAGCACCAGUUCUUGAAGCAUAUGCCAUGACUGAGGCAGCACACCAAAUGACUUCUAACCCUUUACCACCCUUGCCACAUAAACCAGGUUCGGUAGGAUUUGGUCAAGGUGUCCAAAUCUCAAUUCUAGAUCAAGAUGGUAAUACUACUGUCAAGGAGGAGGUGGAGGGUGAAGUGUGUAUCAAAGGAUUAAAUGUUACAGCUGGUUACCUUAACAAUCCAUCAGCUAAUGCCUCUUCAUAUACAAAAGAUGGAUGGUUUAGAACAGGGGAUCAAGGAAAACUUGAUAAAGAUGGGUACUUAUUUUUAACUGGUCGUAUAAAAGAAUUGAUUAAUCGUGGCGGAGAAAAAAUAUCGCCGUUGGAAAUAGAUUCAGUUCUUUUGUCACAUCAAGGAAUUUCCGAGGCAGUUUCAUUUGCUGUUCCUGAUCAACUUUACGGACAAGAAGUUCAUGCAGCUGUUGUGUUGAAAGAAGGAGGUGAUAAAAGUUUAAGUGAGAAAGAGAUUCAAUAUUAUUGUCAGGAAAAACUUGCCAAAUUUAAAGUACCUAAAAAAAUAUAUUUUACUAAAGUUAUGCCAAAAACUGCUACUGGCAAAAUACAAAGAAAAAAUAUUUGUGAAAAAUUUUUCAAAUCUCCGGAAAUUAAAUCGGUACUUUAA